CAAACACACUCGAAGGCAGCGAAGCCCGAGCCUUCCCUUCCCUCCAAUCGAUCACCCGCUCCGAUCCGCUAGCUAGCUAGCAGCGCGAUGGCUUCCCUCACCGUGUCCACGAAGACCGCGGCGGCCGGCGGCAACAAGCAGCGCGAGGGCGCGGAGGUCAUCACGGGCGCGGAGGCCUGCUUCGCGCACUCCAAGCAGAUGCUCCAGGCGCUGGGCUUCCCGGGCGGCGUGAUGCCGCUGCGGGGGCUGGAGGAGUGCGGCUGGGUGCGCGAGACCGGGUUCGUGUGGAUGCGGCAGAAGGCCCCCUACGAGCACUACUUCCGCGGCACGGGCACGCGGGUGCGCUACGACGCCGAGGUCACCGCGUACGUGGAGGACGGCCGGAUGAAGCGCAUGACCGGGGUGCGCAGCAAGCAGGUCAUGCUCUGGGUGCCCAUCGUCGAGAUGAGCCUCGACGGGGACAAGCGCGACAAGAUCUACUUCAAGUCCAACGUCGGGAUCGGCCGCUCGUUCCCCGCCUCCGCCUUCGCUGACGAGGACGAGCAAGCGGAGGAGGAGGAGAAGAAGAAGAAGAAUGAGAACAAGGAGGAGGAGAACGGCGACAAGCCAGCCGCCGCCGCCGCCGAUGCCGCCGGCAAGUGAGACGGAGACGCGAGCGCGCGCGUGUUGUCGUCGUGCCGGGUACUGUGCGCGGUUGCAGGGCACCGUUGCGCGACGCAUCUCGCGCGUAACCACGCGUGAAGAUGCACGUAUCUAUCGUCUUUCUCUGUGACUUUGUGUUGCUUGUCCUUUUUCCUCCUUUUUUUUCUUUCAAAAAAAUGUAUUAUUACCUGUAUCUAUCGAUCGUUGCAUGUUUACCGCAUUUGAUACGCACGUGAAUGAUGUUUGCCAUGCAUGGGUGCCGGAGUUGAGACUAGUUGAGCAACGGACCAGCUGUCGACCUAACAAAUUUAUAUAGGUUACUAGUUAUAUGUCAGUGCGUUGCGAUGUAAGUACAAAAUUUAAAUAAAACAUAGAUACGGAACGACAAACAUUAUUGUGAUAUGC